UCGUCGUCAGACUGCAUCAAAAGUGUGACCGAUUUCGUUUUUUCGGCCGUGGAAAUCUCGCUGACCGGUAAAAUUGGAUAAAAUUCAUGCAGUUCGUAAGUCUUCGCUGUUAAAUUUGUGAUUACGUGGUGGAGUUAGUUCUCCGGGUUCCAGAAGUGGCACGGAAGUUUUGAAAAAAGAUCAAAAAAACCUUCAAAAGCGAAAAGAAAGUUUCCGUCGUAACUGCGGAGGGUGACGACAAAAUCACGAAGCGGGUUCCAAAAAAUCAGUGUUGCUCCCAAAAGCAAGAGGCGGAGUAACGUUUAUUUUUUUUUGUGUGUUUGGGUUUGCAAGCGCAUCUUUGUCCAUUAGUGACAUCGACUAAGUGCUACUUCAGUGUUCCAUCUAGCGGUAUCCAACGCUGCCUAAUAAUCUAGAAUCAUUCCCAUUCUUUCGGUUCAAAUCCGAUAUAACGUAAAACCAGUCCAUGCAUUAGCGCACUGCUAAGCGUGACUUUCCCCCUCGCUGUAUUCAAUUGGCUUCCCUUAAACUACAUUCGCUCUGGAUUGGAAGAUGGUAACGACACCAUACAUCAUCAAUGAACUCUACGACAUCAUACAGAAGUCGACGGCCCUCGAGCUGACGUUGGAGGCCUUGCUAGCUUUCGGUGUCAUAUGGAUAGUGCUCUACAAACGCAACGGUAAACGAGAGAGGCGAUCAGCAGAGCAGAAGUCAAAGCUGAUAGAGGAAUGGACACCGGAACCGUUGGUGGGCAGUGUGCCGGAAAAUCAUCCGGCCCUGCACACGCACGUGGUCACCGGUAAGGUCGGCAAGGUGAUCAACAUCGACGGACAGAAGUGCCUGAACAUGGCGUCGCACAACUACUUGGGACUGCUGGAGGACGAAAACAUUCAGCAGGCGGCCAUUAAAAGUCUACGGAAGUACGGCGUGGGCUCUUGUGGGCCUCGUGGAUUCUACGGAACGCUGGAUGUCCAUCUGGAUCUGGAGGAACGGUUGGCCAAGUUUAUGGAGGUUGAGGAAGCCGUCGUGUACUCGUAUGCCUUCUCAACCAUUGCCAGUGCGAUUCCUGCGUACGCCAAGCGAGGAGACGUCAUUUUUGUGGACGAAUUCGCAAACUUUGCCAUCCAGAAGGGCCUGGAUGCCUCUCGCAGUCGAAUUGUUUUCUUCAAACACAACGACAUGGAAGAUCUGGAACGGCUACUAAAGGAGCAAGCCGUCGAGGACAAACGAAACCCGAAGAAGGCAGCCCGUACGAGACGCUUCCUGGUAGUGGAAGCCAUCUACAUGAACACCGGUGAAGUCUGUCCUCUGCCGCAGUUGGUUGAACUGCGGAAGCGGUACAAGCUGCGAAUGUUCCUGGAUGAGAGCAUAUCGUUCGGAGUGCUGGGCCAGCACGGCCGAGGAUCGAUCGAACAUUUCAACGUCGAUAAAAUCGAAGUCGAUCUCCGAUCGGCCGGUAUGGAGUGGGCUGCCGGAACCAUCGGUGGCUUCUGCGCCGGAUCGUCGUUCAUCGUAGAGCAUCAGCGUCUGUCCGGGCUAGGUUAUUGCUUCUCGGCUUCCCUGCCACCGCUGCUGGCCCAGGCUGCCAUCAGUGCACUGGAUCGAUUCGAAAAUGAGCCAAAGAUUUUCGCUGAGCUCAGGACGUGCUGCCAGAAGGUUUCCCAGAAACUACCAACCCUCACUGAUUUUACCUUCCGAGGGGAUCCGCUCUCGCCAGUGAAACAUCUGUACCUGAAAAAAGAAUCAGAUCCAGUGACCGAGAAACAGAUACUCGAUAGGAUAUCACAAGAGUGCAUUAAAACCGGACUGGCCGUCAUAGCCGCGGAGUAUCUGGAACACAUGGAGAAACGCUGCCCCCGGCCGAGCAUCCGGUUGACCGUGAACCGUUUGCUGACCGAUUCCGACAUAGACGACGCAUUCCGGAUUUUGCGGCAAGCGGCCGCCAAGGUUCUUUCCGAGACGUAAGUCAUACCAUACCAUACCGGUUCAUCGGUAUUAAUGGGCGUGCCUAUCUCGUAGAGCAUUCAAACCGCAAACUUUAUCCAACAACCAAUGAUAACCAUUUUAAGCCUCAUACACAGUGCACACACAUACACUUAGCUACUUAAGCUACUUACACGGAACACACAAAUACUUUACAUGAAGUAAGUUACUAGAUUGCGCAGCCAAAAGUGUUUUAUAUUGGCUCGCGUCACUUUGAAGUUCUGAACUUCCUACUUUCCAGAGUAAGCGAAACUUAGUUUUAAAUUGCACUGAUAUUUGACUUCUGCAAUUAAGCGUGUGGAAAUAUAAAUGCGACGUUGUAAAAGCUUUGUUUUUCACUUUAAUUUGUAGCAACCGAACGGAGAACUAUUGACCAUGUUUCGGUUGAAGUAACAUUAAACUAUUAUUAUUCCUCCACAAUUUUAUGUUAUAAACUGCAUUUUGGAUUUUUCUAAGUCAACGUGAAACAUGUAAACUACAAGCAACACAUGUGUUCAAUCUUUUAUAACUUUGGAGCACACGAAAUAUAAAACAUGUAUCGUAUUACGCUGUUUUAGAGACGUCAAGUCGUCGUCGACUUGAUGCGAUCCCAAAGCACCACUUUUACCGCAGAAACUACAUGAUAAGGCUUUCUUUAUGCAGUUAAUUCUGGUUUAGUUGCUCAGAGUUGAAAACGAUAGAAUUAGUACGAAUUAUUUUCUACACGUUGACAGUAAAAUGCACAUAUAUUCCACAUAGUCAGUCAGUCUAACUAUCGUAUUAAAUAAAUGAAACAGAUGCUUUAA